CUAUAAGGGCAGAUCCUACAUAGUGGCUCCGCGGUCAUGUUACUCAUGUGAUAGCCCUGGAGUACGAACUGUCUCGGGUUGAACAUACACAUGACCCAGAUAUACUGCACAUAGCAGCUGGAAAUCAAAGCGUGUCUAUCUAGACUGCUUCAGACGGUUUACGUCACCCAUAGCCAAGAGAUGCCCCUCCUUGGCUUCUAGAUCCGUUCCUUCCUCUCUACCUACUCACUUUUCCUCACUUUUCCUCAUCACCAAGUGACUGCAAACUGACCAGGCUACCAUUUUAUUCUCACUCUAUGAUGGUUUUAGACUGCCUAUAAUGUCUCUGAUAUCCGCCUUUCGCCCGCGCUCAACGCGCGUUUCCUCUGCUCCUCCCAGGUCAGAGCCAAGGCAACGACGAGGCCGAAAGCCAAGCGUUGUUCAGGAGAUUGACGGAGACACUGAGAGGGACGAUGCGCACUCUAUCAUAACCCCUUCAAAACACACACCCAAAGCAUUUCGGGCCUUGAAAGAGACGGUAUCAUCUGGUGGGCCUCUGCGCCCUUUCCGACUGAUCAAGCAAGAUAUCCUGAAUCUUCGCCGCCGCUAUGCGUCAGACUGGACAAUCUUCAAUCAGCUGAUCUUUGCGAGCGCUGUCUAUGUCUUUUUUACCAAUCUCCUUCCUGGCAUCACCUUUGCCAGUGACCUGUAUGUUCUGACAGGCAAGAGCUAUGGCGCGAUUGAAGUCGUAUUUAGCACUGGGCUUUCCGGCUUGAUAUUCUCUCUGUUCUCAAUUCAGCCAUUGACCAUCCUGGGUGUGACUGGCCCCUUUGCCGUCCUGGCAGAGAAUAUCUAUGAACUAUGCCGUGACGAUUUCGAUAUCCCGUUUCUACCAUUUAUGGCAUGGUCCCUGAUACAUGCCGCAUGGCUACACUAUUUACUCGCCAUAAUCAAUGCCCAUGAUUGGACUAUGCGUUAUGUAACGACGUUUACCACCGAAAUCUUCUCUCUCUUGAACAGUAUCAUCUAUUUCCACAAGGCAAUCCAAGAGCUGGAGAGAGCCCACGAGGCCCUUUCUUUUGCGGCUUUUCUCUAUGCAAUCAUGGGGGCGGUUGGAACAAUGCUACUUGCUAUCUUCCUGUCUACUGCGGAAAGCUGGAAACCAUUGUUCCAUAGAUACAUCCGCAUGGGUCUAGCAGAGUACGCAGCUGCAAUCUCAAUCAUUGUGUUCAUCGGGUUGCCGCAUGUGGGCCAACUUGCUGAUCUGGACAAGAUGACCCUUCCUAUUAGCGAAUCCUUUAAGCCAUCUUCGCCAGAUCGGACCAGAUUUAUUGUCGAAUUUUGGGAAUUGCCCGUCCAAUGGGUUUUCGCUGCCAUUAUCCCGGGAAUUAUCAUCACUGUUCUUUUCUUCUUCGAUCAUGAAGUGAGCUCGAUAAUAUGCACUAUUGACCGUUAUGGGACUAGAAAGCCGGGUGGAUUUGCUUGGGAUAUCGUGCUUCUCGGCACCACCACGGCCCUGUGUGGGAUCCUAGGGAUCCCCCCGGCCAAUGGACUGCUCCCCCAAGCGCCUCUCCACUCAGAGUCCCUGAUGCAUACAGAAAAUGAACAACGUAUCAUUGUUGUUGACGGAGAAGAGAAGGUUGAUACAUACGAGGUUAAGCGAGUUUAUGAACAGCGCUGGUCAGCCUUCCUGCAUGCGGGUGCUAUCCUUUGCUUCGUCAGCCCUCCAUUCAUGAAAGUUCUUGGCUUGACACCUACAAGUGUCCUUGCAGGGUUAUUCAUGUUCAUGGGUGAGCAGAGUCUAGCUGUGAAUCCCAUUCUAUACCGGACUUUCUAUCUGCUGACGCCCCCAUCUGAACUGCCACCUUUGCCGCCGACACUGGCGAACAAGGAUAGCAAGGAUACACCCGAUCCUGGCGAGAACCACAACUCGUCUCCUUCUUACAUUCCAGUCCACAUCUACACAGUCCUCCAGAUCGUCAUCACAGUAGUGAUAUUCAUUGUUACCCUGACCCGAGCCGCGCCUGCUUUUCCGAUUCUUAUUGUGGCCUUGGUACCAUUUCGCCUCCUGGCCAUGAAGCGAUGGUGGCCGCGCGAAGUACUCCGAUUUGUUGAUGCUUGGGCUUGUAAAGAGGGUACCCCCGAGGAUGAUGAAGACGCCAAAGCUCUUCAUUUUGAAGCGGCUGAUGGGCCUAGCCAUGGCCCUGAUUCCGGCGGGGAUGCACUUUUGUCAAGUGCGCAGGCUCAUGGUUCCUCACCUCCUUCAGAUACACGUGGUGUCCAGGCUCGGCUAUCAAGCAUUGGAGAAGAUAUGACUCAAGAUUGGGUGGAGCUAAAUGAUAUCCGACCGGAUGCGGAUGAGGAACUGGGGCGAUGUGCCGAGAGGUGAAUGGAGAGGUUUGCGAACGAGAGACGAGGAUUGUCACCUGCCUGUGUACGCCACUCGCAACCUGCUGUAUGAACCCGUUACUAUUAAGUCUAGAGCAAUAGAAAAUAUAUGCAAUUGCCAUCUUCUCGUGC